AGCAGCUUGAUUCACGCGUGAAUCGUUGAAGAUACGGAGGCACCCGGUGGAGACGAGCGGGACACGGUCUGAGAAAACAGAUAUUAUAAAUCAUCAGUCAUGAGUUUGUUAACAAAGCCCAAGUCUGAGAUGACCCCUGAGGAGCUCCAGAAACGAGAGGAGGAGGAGUUCAACACCGGUCCCUUGUCUGUGCUCACCCAGUCAGUCAAAAACAACACACAGGUCCUCAUUAACUGCCGCAACAACAAGAAGCUGCUUGGAAGAGUCAAGGCUUUUGACAGGCACUGCAACAUGGUCCUGGAGAACGUGAAGGAGAUGUGGACGGAAGUUCCCAAGAGCGGGAAGGGAAAAAAGAAGUCUAAGCCCGUGAAUAAGGACCGCUACAUUUCUAAGAUGUUCCUCAGGGGCGACUCUGUCAUCGUUGUGCUGAGAAAUCCUCUGAUCACAGGAAAAUGAACUGCUUGUUAGACGCCGAGCUGACGCAGUCACUCAGGCCUUUUUCUUUCUUUUUCUUUAUUUGAAAGAUUUGAAGCCAGUGGACUGUCAUUAUUGUGAGCUUUGUUUUACAUUUUUGUUGCUGAUAACUGAAUUCACAGUUGAGACAGAAAUUUAGUGUCAACAAAAAGGAUGUUUCUACUAUUUUGAGAGUCGAUAAGGUACAACAGUGCCUGAUUUUGUUUAGUCUACAAAAGUCUUCUGUCUUUUUCAAUUUAAUAAUAAAAGUGAUCAAUAGAUUCAA